CCGCAGCGCCAGGCCACGCCCCCAGCUGGUCACAGGCCACGCCCAUCUCUCGCCAAGACACGCCCCCUCCACUCCCAGGCCCCGCCCCUUCCGCGCGGUCCCCUCCCCUCGCUCAGCCCCGCCCCCCGCAGCGCCCAUGGCGGCCCCGGCGAGAGUGCUCGUGCACGUGAGGCGCGGGAGCGCGGAGGGAGCGGCGCCGUUCGGGAAGAGCGUCACCGGCGCCUUCUGCCCCGCGCACGAGGACGCGGCCGUGGUGAACUACGCGCUGCGCCGCCAUCGCUUCCUCCUGUCGGACGAGGCCUUCCCCGGCUCCGCGGCGGCGCUGCUGCAGAGACCCCCCUUCUGCCCCGCCAAGCGCCUGGGCCAGCGCGGUGAGCGGCCGGCGGCCGCGCCGGGGGCUCCUGGGGUGGCCGUGGCGGUGGCCACAAUCCUGCAGGCCGGCACGGGCCGCAUCCUGCUCACCCGCCGCGCCCGCGGGCUCAGCGCCUUCCCCGGGCUGUGGGUACCGCCCGCUGCUCUGCACGGGACUGCGGGAACUGCAGGAGGAGACGGGACUGCAGCUGAGGGGGAGCGCCUUCACCUGGAGAGUGCUCUGUCUGUGGGAGUCGGUGUUUCCGCCGGUGCUGAGUUGGGGGUCUCUGCGCCGCCACCACCUCGUGGUGUAUCUGCUGCUGCGCUGCGCCGAGUCCCACUGCCGCCUCCAGUCAAAGAGAAGCUCACAGCCGAUCCCGACAGCGAGAUAGCCACCACGAGCUUACGCGUGUCCCUCAUGUGUCCGGUAGGUCCCUCCAUUUUCGUUCCUUUCUCUCAGAUUGGCCUUUUGGAGCAGUUUCCUGCUUCGCCGUUGCGUCGGGACGCUUUGGAGCGAGACAGGAAGUGAUGCUGAGCUGCAGCUUGGCUUUUGUUGCCAAGGCAGCUUUGAUUCUGGAGAAAAGCGGAACCGCUUCCUUCCACGCAAUAAAAAAUCUGCUGAGGUCGUUGGUCUAAACCGCCUGGCCCCAAAAUAUCUUCUGUCGCCCCAGUCCCUGUCUUUCGCUGUCGAUUUUGGCGCAUGUUUGAGGUGGAAGUGAGCUUAAAAACAAAAGAAAAAGGCAAAAAUACCCACCCCUGGAAGCUUGUUUUGAGCUGAAUGAUGGGAGAUUGAGAUGAGAUCUUGGAGGGGGGGAAAAAAUCUUCAUUUUGAGGAUUUUGGCCACGUUGCCCAGAGCCGCGGUGGCUGCUCCAUCCCUGGAGGCGUCCAAGGCCACGCUGGAUGGCGCCUGGAGUCGAUAUCAACAUAAAAACUGAGGCGGCUGUAGCUGUGGUGCUCUGUUUAGUGCUGCUUAGAGCCUUAAUCCCUUCUUUUCCGUCGCAGAGAUGUCCUGCCAGGUGCCAAAUGCGAUUACACCAUCCAGGUGCAAUUAAGGUAAGGGAAUGUCUUGGAUGAACGCAGCGAGUCCUGUGCCCUAAAGUGGGCUCCGUUUCGGUGAAUCGCGCCUUUAGCGCUUGGUUUCGUUUGGAAUUGCAGGUCAGGGUGCUCAGAGGAAGCUGGAAAUGUUCGGGGCUGUGUUCUGAACCCUGGUUUUCUGGGCGGGAGCGAGGGUUUCCGCAAAGGUUGCUAUGUAGGAGCAAGAGUUUUCCCAGGGGGAAGCAGCCUCUGAUAAGCCACGUUCUCAACUACGAAACCCAGAGGCUCUCUCUGCAUUUCUUUCUGCCUAAGGUCUCAUCUCAGUCUCC